CUGUUGGAUGGCGAACUUUGGACUUUGGACUUUUUGCGCGCGUAGGUUUAGUACUUAUUACAGAAUGCAAAAGUUCGGGACACUAAGUAACAGAUACAGCGUAAUGGCUCGAGUGUUUCGCAGCGGUUUGAGAGCAUGGCAAUGGUUGCCUUCUGUUAGAAAUUUUCUGUCGCUUCGGUUCAGAACUGCGUCUUUGUCCACGUCUCCAAUGUUGAAAUUGGCGUCGAAAUCAGAGAGGGUGGAUAUCAUGUUCAUUGACAGAGAUGGUGAUGAAAUCAAAGUGAAAGGACCUCUUGGAGAGAAUUUACUCGACGUAGCACAUGAAAACGGCAUUGAAUUAGAAGGAGCAUGUGAAGGAGUAAUUGCUUGUUCUACGUGUCAUCUCGUCGUACAUCCAGACUUCUAUGACAAGAUUGACGAGGGACCAACAGAGGAAGAACUUGACAUGCUAGACCUAGCAUAUGGCCUGACUGACACGUCUCGACUUGGAUGUCAGGUGAUGGUUACGAAGGAACUAGACAAACUGGUUGUAACAGUUCCCUCUGUGCACAGAGAUGCUAGAAAAGAGUAGACAUUAACAGAAUACUAAUACUAUACAGUAUUAUACUACGAGUGUGUUCAAUUAUUUUAAAUUUAUAUUAAUAAAUAAAUUUUCUAUUUUCCUCGGAA